AUGAUCCCUCUGCAAGAUGCUAGAAUAAGGCUACAGACUCGCUUGGCCAAAGAGGCUGAGGAAAAGGCUAGGAAGGAAGCAGAAGAGAAAGCUCACCUAGAAGAAGAGCAAAGGAUCAAAGAAGCUGAAGAAAAGGCUGUUGCUGAAGCUGUUGUGGCUGCGGCUGCGGCAGCUGCUGAGGCUGAGGCAAAAGCAAAAACUGAAGCUGAAGAAGCAGCACACAUUGCUGAUGCUUUGACUCAGGGGGAGCAAUCUAACUCUGGUUUUACCCCUCUGGUCUUAAAGACUCUGGAGGAACUGCAAAAGGAACAACAAGUGCAACAACAGCCACCUCAACAGAGAGCACAGAAAGCUGGGUGCCAGGUGAAAAGAGGGAUGACGGAUUGUCAGUUUGAUAGGCCACCCGUGACUUAUACCGUUUUGUUUAGAAGGUUGAAGGAUAUUGGGUUAGUUCAGCCGAGGAUAUUGGUUCCUGUAGGACUAAAUCGGAGGCCUGCGAAUUACGACGAGAACGCCAGGUGCGAGUUCCAUUCUGGGGCACCCGGACAUCAUGUUGACGGUUGUAGAGAUUUUAAGCAUGCCGUCCAAGAUUUGGUGGAUUCUAAAGCCAUCAAUUUUGCACCGACACCGAAUGUUGAUGCUAACCCCGUGCCAAUGCAUGGUCCUAUGGGGGUGAACGUGAUGUCAAAGGACAAGAGAAAAAUGGAGGAGACGAAUGUAGAUCAGAUAAGAACUCCAAUGUCUGAGGUCUAG